UUGAAUCUUCUGCGAAUUGUUGUUCCUCCAAAAUUCAAUUCGAUUUCGCCAAGAUUUUGUGGGUAAACAAUCGAUUGCCUAAAGAUCCCAAAGUGAAAGAAAAGAUAUGGCGAAGCGAUCAGGUUCCGCUAGGAGAAGAGACGGCGAAUCGCUAUUAACUCGAGCUGUUGACUCAGUUUUUGGAUUCGUUCGAUAUGCGGAGUUUGAGAUCCUCUUCGUUCUCUUCUUUGUUAUCGCUUUCGUCAUCUUCAAAGAUCUGACAUCGAGACCAGAAUAUAAUCAGAUCCUCGUGAAGAAGCCCGGAGGACCAGAUUGGUGGUCGUCUUAGAAGAUGGAAUCGUCAAUAAUAGCCUGUAAGUUGUUAUAUAACACAAUAUAUUCAUAAUGAAUACUCAGCUUUCCUUGUUGCUCGUUAAAACGAACACUAGGUUCUUACAACCAGGUUUCCGAGUCAUUGAAUUGUUGAUGUUGAUGUUGAUG